AUGGCAGAGCGAAAGAGGCUCGUGGUCGUCGGCCUGGGGAUGGUCGGCAUGGCCUUCAUAGAAAAGAUGCUAAAGUUGGAUGCGCGGACGAAUGAAUACUGCAUUACCAUCAUCGGAGACGAGCCGUACCUCGCUUACAACCGCGUGGGCCUGACGAGCUUCUUCGAACACCGCAAGAUCGAAAACCUCUACCUCAACCCCGAAGAAUGGUAUCGCAACGCCCCUGAGGGCUCUCUGGGAUACCAUAUCAACACCAAAGUCACAGACAUCGACUCUCAAGCCAAGACAAUAGCCUGCUCCAAUGGCGAGAUCGUUCCAUACGACACCUUGGUUCUCGCCACCGGUUCAGACGCCGUUCUCCCCAGACACAUCCCUGGGCACGACGCAACGGGCGUCUUUGUCUACCGCACAAUAGACGACCUCAACAAACUGAUUGCCUUUGCCGACACCAGGAAAGGCACCAACGGAGUCGUUGUGGGUGGUGGACUCCUGGGCCUGGAAGCCGCCAAGGCCAUGGUCGACCUCGAGCGCUUCAACCAAGUGAAGAUCAUCGAGAGGAAUCGCUGGGUUCUGAGUCGACAGGUCGACCAAGAUGCGGGCGCCAUGGUCGUCAGCCAAGUGCGCGACCUCGGCCUCGACAUCCUUCUGAGCAGGCGGGUGGGCGAGAUCGAGACGACCGAGGACAACCAAGUCAAGGGCGUUCUGUUCGAGGACGGCGAGCGUCUCGAUUGCUCCGCCGUCUGCUUCGCCAUUGGUGUGCGGCCGAGAGACGAGCUCGCGCGGAAAGCCGGUAUUAAGUGCGCUGACCGCGGCGGCGGCAUCAUCGUCAACGACGACCUGAGCACCAGCUGUGCAGACAUCUACGCUAUCGGAGAGUGCGCCAGCUGGAAGGGCAUGGCGUACGGUCUGAUCGGUCCCGGUGUCGAGAUGGCCGACGUCCUCUCCUUCAACCUCACACAAGCCAAGCUGCACGCGCCGAGGGCAUUCAAGAGGCCAGACCUCAGCACCAAGCUCAAGCUCCUCGGCGUCGACGUGGCCAGUUUCGGCGACUACUUUGCCGAUACCGACGGGCCAAAGUUUCUGCCUCCGAAAGUGGCGCGGAAGACGAAGAAGGACGAACAGAGCACCAUCGAGACGUUGACCAACGGCCUGCCACCAGCCCCGGUCAAGGCUCUCACGUACCGCGACCCGUUUCAGAACAUCUACAAGAAGUACAUCUUCACUGAAGACGGCAAGUACCUGCUCGGUGGCAUCAUGAUCGGCGACACAAAAGACUACAUCAAGCUCGUACCGCUCGUCAAGAACAUGAAGGAGCUGGAGGUGCCUCCGAGCGAGCUCAUCCUGGGCGCUAAGAAGGAUGGCGAAGACGACGGCGACGACCUGACGGACGACACCCAGAUCUGCUCAUGCCACAACGUCACAAAAGGAGACGUCGUCAACUCGGUCAAAGAAGGCACCUGCAAGACGAUCGGCGAGGUCAAGGCCUGCACCAAGGCCGGAACCGGCUGCGGCGGCUGCAUGCCCCUGGUCACGACAAUCUUCAACAAGACGAUGCUCUCCAUGGGCAACGAGGUGAAGAACCACCUCUGUGCCCACUUCAACUACUCCCGCGCCGACCUCUACAACAUUAUCCUCGUCAAGCAGCUCAAGACGUUCGAGGACGUCAUGCGCGAGGCCGGCAACGAUCCUGCUUCGCUCGGCUGCGAGGUCUGCAAGCCCACGUGCGGCAGCAUCUUUUCGUCACUAUGGAACCGCCACGUCAUGGACACUCCGAUGCACGGCCUGCAGGAGACCAACGACCGCUUCCUCGGCAACAUCCAACGCAACGGCACCUACAGUAUCGUCCCUCGUGUGUCCGCAGGCGAAAUCACCCCAGACAAGCUCAUUGUCAUCGGCCAGGUCGCGAGCAAAUACAACCUGUACACCAAGAUCACCGGCGGACAGCGCAUCGACAUGUUCGGCGCCAAGAAACAGGAUCUCCUGGAUAUUUGGAAGACGCUGGUCCAGGCCGGUAUGGAGUCUGGUCAUGCGUACGCCAAGUCUCUCAGAACCGUCAAGAGCUGCGUGGGUACCACCUGGUGCCGUUUCGGUAUCGGUGACAGUGUCGGCAUGGCUGUCCGUCUGGAGGAGCGGUACAAGAGUAUUCGCGCGCCGCACAAGAUCAAGGGCGGUGUCAGCGGCUGCGUCCGCGAGUGUGCCGAAGCCCAAAAUAAGGACUUCGGUCUCAUCGCCACCGAAAAGGGUUUCAACAUCUUCGUCGCCGGCAACGGUGGCGCCAAGCCCAAGCACUCCGAACUUCUCGCCAAGGACGUUCCUCCAUCGGAGGUUAUCCCCAUCAUCGACAGAUACCUCAUGUUCUACAUCCGCACCGCCGACAAGCUCCAACGCACGGCGCGCUGGCUGGAGAACCUCCCCGGCGGCAUCAAGUACCUCCAGGAGGUCGUCCUCGAGGACAAGCUCGGCAUCUGCGCGUCGCUCGAGGCGCAGAUGCAGGAGCUCGUCGACAGCUUCUUCGACGAGUGGGCCGAGGCCAUUAAGAACCCCAAAAUCGCCGCCAAGUUCAAACAGUUCAACAACACCGAGGAGACGGUCGAGAACAUGGAGGUCGAGCUCGACCGCGACCAACCCCGGCCCGUCUUCUGGGCCAAGGAGUCGGCCAAGGACGACUUCAAGGGCCUCAUCAACAAGUGGACCAGCAUGGCGUGGCAGCCGAUGCUCCCAGCGAGCCACUUCUUCGGCGCCGACGAGACCCCCAACGGCAUCUCGGCGACGGUAAAGCGCGGCGACACCCAGCUCGCCAUCUGGCGCAUCCGCGGGCGCUACUACGCCACGCAGCAGAUGUGCCCGCACAAGCGCCAGUUCGUCCUCUCCGACGGCCUCAUCGGCGAGGAGCUCGGCACCGACACGUGCGACGACGCCAAGAAGCCCGACUCCGGGUGCAGCACCAACGGCGACGCGAAGCGGUCCGCCCCCUGGGUGUCGUGCCCGUACCACAAGCGCAACUUCGACCUGGCCAACGGCAGCUGCAAGAACGACGAGGAGGUCAGCAUCGCCACGUUCCCCGUGGAGGAGCGCCCGGACGGCAUGAUCUACCUGAAGCUGCCGCCGGUGGAGGAGCUCGAUGCCGCGCUGGGCACGGCCAAGUGGAUGGUCAAGAAGGGCGAGGCCGGGGGCAGCCAGUUCGAGCAGCUGGACAAGAAGAUCAACUUCAAGGGACACCGCGCGAAGAAGCCCGGCGUGAGGCCGCUGGCGCCGCUGAAGAUGGAGAAGCCGGCGCAGCUGCUCGUUGGCGGCGGCGGGUGCGGGAGCGCGCCGGAUUGGUAA